UCAAUGCUCGGUUUCCCACAUUUGUUUCAAUGGCUACCACAUAGAAACCACGUCCCACCUGAGAGGGAGCGGUUUAGCUGCGAAGAGAGAGAGACACAGAGGGACUACCGAGUCAAAACUUAACCGCAGGACCGCACUGUGUGGGAUUUACCGUCUGCACUGCAAAUAAAAGCUCUUACGGACAAUCUGUGGAUCCUGAGGAAAGAGGGGACGUGAACAGAGGCCCCUGCAGCUCGAGAGCGCCUCACUGUAGCGUCUGUCACCAUGGUCGAACCAGCCGACAGGCCGUCUACAGCCGGUCAGAGGCUGGGCGCCCCGGAAAGUUUCGGGGUGUCCACCCUGGAGCCGGGCCUGCGUCCUCCUGCUCAGCCUCCAGGGAGGCAGGUCUCCAUACGGGUGCAGAUGCUCGAUGACACACAGGAAGUCUUCCAGAUAUCGCAACGCUCCCCCGGCAAAGUGCUGUUUGACCUGGUUUGUGUGCAUCUCAAUCUGACGGAGGGAGACUAUUUUGGACUGGAGUACCAGGACCACCGUAAGAUGACGGUGUGGCUGGAUCUGCUGAAGCCGACGCUGAAACAGAUCAGACGGCCCAAAAACACCAUCCUUCGCUUUGUGGUGAAGUUCUUCCCCCCUGACCACACACAGCUCAUGGAGGAGCUGACUCGGUAUCUGUUCGCGCUGCAGAUUAAACGCGACCUUGCCUGUGGUCGUCUCAUCUGCAACGACACCAGCGCCGCUCUCAUGGUCUCCCACAUCAUUCAGUCGGAGAUAGGAGACUUCGAUGAGACCCAGAGCUGGCAGCACCUCCUCCACAACAAGUACCUGCCGGACCAGGACGCCAUCCGAGACAAGAUCACCGACUGCCACCGCAAGCACGUCGGGCAGACUCCAGCAGAGUCAGACUACCAGCUGCUGGAAAUCGCUCGGCGGCUGGAGAUGUACGGCGUUCGCCUGCACCCGGCCAAGGACAGAGAGGGGACGAAGCUCAGCCUGUCCGUGGCUCACACUGGGGUGCUGGUUUUCCAGGGGUACACAAAGAUUAACGCCUUCAACUGGUCCAAGAUUCGCAAACUCAGCUUCAAACGCAAAAGGUUCCUAAUCAAGCUGAGAGCAGACCCCGCUCAGAACGCCCACCACGACACGCUGGAGUUCGCCAUGGCCAGCAGGGAUUGUUGCAAGGUCUUCUGGAAGAUCUGCGUAGAGUAUCACGCCUUCUUCAGGCUCUUCGAGGAACCCAAGCCCAAACCCAAGCCCAUCCUGUUCACCAGGGGGUCCUCGUUCCGGUUCAGUGGUCGAACUCAGAAGCAGAUCAUCGAUUAUGUGAAAGACUCGGAGCUCAAGAAAGUCCCAUUUGAAAGGAAGCACAGCAAGAUUCUGUCCAACAGCGGCAUGUCCCCCCAGUCGUCUUCCUUCAGAUCACAAGUGCCAAAAGAGAGUGCCAUGUCUGUGGCGUUAGCGGACCAGCCUGACGCGGCCAGACUGGGCCUCCAAGCUGAGUCUAAUGGUUCGGAGGAGCCGCCACUGGUCACGGCCUCCGCCAACGGUUUUCAGGAUAUACCUGCAGCGCCUGGCUCAGACCCGAUUCAGUCCAGACAGAACCACCACGGCACCGGAUCAGCGCCGCAGCCGCAGCUCCUCAACCCAGGAAGUCCCGCUUCAGACGACUCUCCGCUGGGAAGUCCUCAUGUGGUUGUUAACGGCAACGGCUCAGUAAAUGGACAGGGGAUGGGCAGCACAGGUGUCUUGGGUCCAGGUCAGAGUCCUGAGGGACGGCAGCUGUCGCCGCUCACCAGCCCGCUGCUCACUGAAGCCGGAUACGUCCGCAAUGAUGAGGAGGAGGAGGCGAGGAGGAAGAAGUUUCCCACAGACAAGGCCUACUUCAUAGCCAAGGAGCUGUUGACCACAGAGCGGACCUACCUCAAAGACCUGCAGGUCAUCACAGAGUCCUUCCAGAGUUUUGUGGGGAAAGACGAGGCGUUUCCCGACUCUGUGCAGGACCUGAUCUCUGCCAACUACGAUCCGGUUCACAAGUUCCACCAGGGAUUCCUCAAGGAGGUGGAGCAGCGUCUGGCACAGUGGGAGGGUCGCUCCAAUGCCCACAUCAAAGGAGACUACCAACGAAUGGGUGAUGUUUUACUGAAGAACAUUCAGGGCUUGAGGCAGUUGACAAUUCAUCUUCAGAAACAUUCAGAGUGCCUGGUUGAACUGGAACGGGUCUGUAGGUCCAGUCGGAAGGUGGAGACUCUGUGUCGAGACUUUGAGCAGCAGAGGGUUUGCUACCUGCCCUUCAACAUCUUCCUCCUGCGACCUCUCCAUCGCCUGCUGCACUACAAGCUCAUCCUGGAGCGGCUCUGCAAGCACUACCCGCCCACCCACGAUGACUUCAGGGACAGUAGAGCGGCCCUGGCAGAUAUCUCGGAGAUGGUGCUGCAGCUUCAAGGCACCAUGAUGAAGAUGGAGAACUUCCAGAAGCUUCUGGAGCUGAAGAAAGAUCUGACUGGCAUCGACAACCUCGCUAUCCGCGGGAGGGAGUUCAUCAGGCUCGGCUGCCUCAGCAAGCUCUCGGGGAAGGGCCUUCAGCAGAGAAUGUUCUUCCUGUUCAGUGAUUCCUUGGUGUACACCAGUCGAGGGAUGACCCCGUCCAACCAGUUUAAAGUUCAUGGCCAGCUUCCCCUCUAUGGCAUGACGAUCAGAGAAAGUGAGGAGGAGUGGGGAGUCCCUCAUUCCUUCACCUUGUUCGGACAGCGCCAGUCUGUGGUGGUGGCAGCCAGCUGUGCGUCAGAGAUGGAGCGGUGGGUGGAGGACAUCAGGAUGGCGAUUGACCUGGCAGAACAGAGCAGCAGCCCGAGCGCCGACCUGCUCCCCGCCGGCGUCUCUGACAACAAGCUGCUGGAGGACAGCGGAGCGGAGCAGGAGUCGGAGGAGGAGCUCUGCGGCUCGCGCUCGUCUCUGGAGCGCCAGGGUCAACGUGGCAACACCACCGUGCACGUCUGCUGGCAUCGCAACACCAGCGUGUCCAUGGUGGACUUCAGUGUUGCUGUGGAGAACCAGCUGUCAGGUAACCUGCUGAGGAAGUUUAAGAACAGUAACGGCUGGCAGAAACUCUGGGUGGUCUUCACCAACUUCAGCCUCUUCUUCUACAAAUCGCAUCAGGAUGACUACCCUCUGGCGAGCCUUCCUCUGCUGGGCUACUCCGUCACCGUCCCAGCCGAGUCGGAGAACAUCCACAAAGAUUACGUUUUCAAGCUCCACUUUAAAUCCCACGUCUACUACUUCAGAUCAGAGAGCGAGUACACCUUUGAAAGGUGGAUGGAGGUGAUCCGCAGCGCCACCUGCUCCACCAGCCACUCCCUGCCAAGCACAAGGAAAGACCUUUACUGAUGAAUCUGCACCUUCAGCUCUCCUCCUCCUCCUCCUCCUCCUCCUCCUCCUCCUCCUCCUCGCUGACUUUCACCUGGGUGAAGAUCUGGACUUCAGACGGCACAAACACCAGAAAAGACUCCUUGUUGAAGACACAGAAUCAUGUUGCACGCAGCCGGCGCUCAGAUCCGACACUAAUUGAUACCUCUGAAUAGCUGAAUCACAUACUCUUUACGCACACACACACACACACACACAUCACUCAGAGGUGCUUCCACUUCACCUCCUCUAUCCACCCUCUUAUUACACAUUUUCUGCACCACUAGUGUCUGAUUAGAGGCUGUGAUGGAAGUCGUCCAUGAUGUAUUAAAUAAUGUCAUUUUACUUCUUUCUAUGCCAGACAUUUCCUGACCAACUGUUUAUGCUUGUGCCAUUGAGUGAUGUUCACAUGCCCACAAACACACACACACACACACACACGGAUUUAAUAUUCACACCAACAACAUCCCUGUUUACAGUAAGGAGGAUUUUAUAUUUAUCAUAAAUCUCAUUCAAAUACAAACAUCUGGGACGCUGAAGCAUACGUGUGUGCAUCAUUUAGUGUUACUUUUCAGUUUCCUUGGUGAUUUAAAAUAUUUUAAAUAUUCCUGUCAAACCACACAUUGUGAUAGAGUUUUUAAAAAUGUAUAUAAAUAAGCUUGAAUAAGACACAAACCAGGAUUUAAUAGUGUAUGUGGAGAUCUGUGUGCAUGUGAACACACUCAUGGUGAGUAUUUUUUUUUGUUCGUAUGACAAUCUAUGUAUAAUUUGAGUUAAAUGUGAUGCCGGUUCGGACACGAUUAGAAAACAUCCAUGUUUUCCUUUUUGUAAGGCGACUAUUUGUACAGUACUUUGAUACACUGUGAAAUGUUCUUCUCUCAUUAUUAUUUUUUUUUCUUCUUGUUUUCCUGCAAGUUUUGUCUUUAAAAAGGACAAACGGCUUCCAAACUGCUUCCAACGCCAACAGAGAUUUCACUGGUUCACUGCCAAAAAAAAACCUUGUCUUCUGUAUUCCUCCAGAAUUUCUGGAUUUUACUAUUUUAAAUAAAGAUGAGAAAAGAUUGUGUUCAUAAGAAAAAGAU